AUGUAUACAAAGAAACACGCUGCAGGAUUGGCUGUAUCUAACAGUCCAUUUGGACCAUUUAAGGAGAUUAGUGAAAAUCCACUUCUAGAAAAUGAGUUUGGAGUGGUUGAUCCGCAUGUGUUUGAGGACUCAAAAACAGGGCAUGUUUAUAUAAUCUGGAAAUCAGAAAAUAAUGUAGAAGAUAAACCCAGCAAUAUAUAUAUCAGAAGAAUGGAAUAUUCCGGUUUCAAUUUUAAGGGUUGGUCUCCUACUUUCCUUAUACUAACAGCAGAUAUGGAAGAGGAAAGGAAUAUGGUAGGAGGUCCUUGGAUGAUAAAACGAAGAGAGAUGUACUACCUCUUCUACACUGUAAACUGGUUUAACGUUCCAGAACAUUCCGUUAAAGUUGCCAGAUCUAGUUCUAUUUCUGGUCCAUUUGAAAAGUUUGAUGAAAGUGUAGUUCAGACAGACUGGAAUAGAUACAAACAGCAUGUCAACUGUACAUUCGAGGGUCCUGGACAUGCUUCAGUUGUACAGGAUGACAAUGAUGAUUUUUGGUUGGUUUAUCACGCCUGGUCCUACCAGCAGACUGGUCAGUCCUCAUCUCCAGGUAGAAUGAUGCUCCUGGAUAAACUGAUUUGGGAUUCUCAGGAUUGGCCGGCAGUUGUCUCACAGGGAACACCGAGCGAUACUGCACAGAUAAAGCCCAUAAUAAAAAGAAAAAAAUAAUUUUAUGGUUAUCUUAAUUAUUAUUUCUUCUGUAUCUUUAUACAUAAAGUAG